AUGGCAACGGAGCCGCCGUCCCCGCUUCGGCUCGAGGCGCCCGGCCCCCCGGACAGGCGGACCCCGCCGGCGAGCGGGGCGGACGCGGAGGGCACCCCGAAGCCGGCGGGCGGCGCGCUGCGCUUCCUCAACGGCUGCGUGCCGCUGUCGCACCAGGUGGCCGGGCACAUGUACGGGAAGGACAAAGUGGGUAUCUUGCAACAUCCAGAUGGCACAGUUUUGAAACAGCUACAGCCACCUCCAAGGGGCCCAAGAGAGUUAGAAUUCUAUAAUAUGGUUUAUGCUGCUGAUGGUACUGAUGGUGUUCUUUUAGAGCUACGAAAAUAUUUACCAAAAUAUUAUGGCAUCUGGUCACCUCCCACUGCACCAAAUGAUUUAUACCUAAAACUGGAAGAUGUGACCCAUAAAUUUAAUAAGCCCUGUAUAAUGGAUGUAAAGAUAGGGCGAAAAAGCUAUGAUCCUUUUGCCUCAUCUGAGAAGAUUCAGCAACAGGUCAGCAAGUACCCAUUAAUGGAAGAGAUUGGAUUCUUGGUGCUUGGCAUGAGGGUUUAUCAUGUCCAUUCUGAUAGCUAUGAGACACAAAACCAGCACUAUGGAAGAAGCUUAACAAAAGAAACUCUAAAGGAAGGAGUUUCCAGGUUUUUUCAUAAUGGAUUCUGCUUAAGAAAAGAUGCUGUUGCUGCUAGUAUUCAGAAGAUUGAGAGAAUUCUGCGGUGGUUUGAAAACCAGAAGCAGCUUAACUUUUAUGCAAGUUCAUUACUGUUUGUUUAUGAAGGUUCAUCUCAUCCAACUACUAUAAAAUCAAAUGACAGGACUUUGGCAGAAAAGUUUUUGUCCAAAGGACAACUCUCGGACACAGAUGUACUGGAGUACAAUAAUAACUUUCGAGUAUUAAGUUCCACAACAAAUGGAAAAAUAGAGGCUUCAGUAGGCAAAAGCUUGUCCAAGAUGUAUGCUCGUCACAGAAAAAUGUAUUCAAGAAAGCAUCACAGUCAGACUUCAUUGAAAGUUGAAAAUAUAGAGCAAGACAAUGGGUGGAAAAGCUUGUCACAGGAACAUUUAAAUGGAAAUGUACUUUCCCAACUGGAAAAAGUUUUCUGCCAUCUUCCCACUGGUUGCCAAGAGAUUGCGGAAGUAGAAGUGCGAAUGAUAGAUUUUGCUCAUGUUUUUCCUAGCAACACAAUAGAUGAGGGAUAUGUUUAUGGACUGAAGAAUUUAAUUACUGUACUUCAGAGUAUUUUGGACAAUUGA